ACACAGAGGCAGUGAUGGGGACUGCAGAUAAAUACUCUGUUUUUAUGGUAGUCCAUCUAUUCAGCUAAAUAUUUUUAGUGUUUUAUAAAAGAAGACGUCAUACAAAAUUAAAACGUCAUGAGUGUGAAUAAACGACAGAUUUUCAUUUUUUGGGGGGUGAACUGUUCCUUUAAGAAUGAUCGUCUGUUCCAUUAAACAAGUCCUUUUCUGUAAACCACUGAAGUACAGUGCCAUGUACAUGUACAGCUUCAACUUUCUGAAGCAAUUAUCUGAAUGGCAGUCUUUGGGGAAGUGCUCUCCGUGUGAUCCUGCGCGGACAGAAGCGACGCGACGCGACACGACGCGCACCGCGGAUCACAUGAAGCUUGUUGUAGCAACACGAGUUUCCAAGGGAGGAGAUGCAGAGACCCUCACAUCAUGAUGCACAGCUCAGAUCAUAUCUGACUUGACAUUAGUGUGAGUAUCUCGAUGGCUGCUGAUGCGGUGGAGGCAGACUGUGAUCCGACAGCAGAAGACUCUUCCCCGGUCAGCGAGCUCUCCUUCAGCCUGCAGAGCCUCCAGUGUCAGGAUGGUCUGCAUCUGAAGAGCUUGUCCCCCUGGAGAAAGCUUGUUUUGACGCCUGAAUGCAUCAGUCCGCCGCUCAACACCCUCUCCAGGGAGAGAGAGACGCCGACAGUCUCUGCAGUAAGAAGAAGACGAGCAAGAAGCCUGUCUCCUGACUCCUCUUCAAACACGCCCAGGUGUCUGUGGAGGAACUGUCGCGAUUUUCCUACCAAUAAGGAGAACGACAGAGCAAUUAAGAGGCUGCGUGUGCGGCUCUCCAGCAGAUUCUCCGCUGCAGAUGAAGCAGAACCGGGCCGAACAUGGAGACAGUACCGCAGUGACCCAGAAGAGGACACCAGUGUCCCACGAGAGACGAGUGCGUUCGACCCAGAGGCCGCUGCGAGGUUCAGUCAGCUGAGGUCACGGAGGAAAGCCCCGCCCACACACGUCACUCAGGACGCCGUCACUGACCUCACUCUCAUAGGAGACUUCAGCAAGCAACACCUGCUUCCUGUUGAGAGUAGCGGCCAUCAGGAGCUUCACUGUGUCAGCGCUCAUACUGUGGCGUCACUGAUCAGGGGUCAGUUUGGUCCUGCAGUCGAGGAUUUCCUCAUCGUUGACUGCCGUUACCCAUAUGAGUACCAAGGAGGACACAUUAAGGGAGCAGUGAAUCUGUACACGGAGUCUCAGAUCCAGCAGGCGGUGCAUCAGGCCUCAGCGGGAGCCCAACUUUCGCCUCGAAACGCCUCGUGCUGGAGGAUGAGGAUGAGGAGACGUCUGUCUGACUCACUCCCAGAGGAGGAGGGGUCGUCGCCACGGAAACUGAUCAUCUUCCACUGCGAGUUCUCAUCGGAAAGAGGCCCACAUCUGUGUCAGUAUCUGAGGAAGCUGGACAGACGUGUUAAUGUGUAUCCCAGCCUGCACUAUCCGGAGCUCUACCUGCUGCUGGGAGGUUACAAACACUUCCAUGCUUCUUACCCGGAUCUGUGUGAUCCCUGCGGUUACGUGCCCAUGCACCACCGCGAGUACCGAGAUCAGCUGCACGGAUACCGCAGGAAACGCCCAUCACGGCAGCGAAGACGACGGCCAAUCAGAGUACAUCAAAGAACCACACGCUAAAUACUAUAUACUAACAUACAUACAUACAGUCAAACCAAAAUUUAUUCAGACUCCUUCAACAUUUCUCACAUUAUCACAGUUUAUUCGCUAUAUUUUAGAAAAUGGUAAUGUCAGUCAAACAUCUUUAUAUGUCAGAUAACCUUGAUAGAAAGGUAUGUAAUGAAUUCGGUUGAAUAGCUGUCAGCAAGUACACAAUUAGAUAAUACCAAUUCAGGUCAACCAAUUACCAAGCUAUGCUUAAUUUUGUUCAGUCUAUGGUGUAAAAAGGUCACAUUAGCAAUUAAAGAAAAAAAUACUUAAGCAAAACAUGGUCACGUGUCAAAGUGUCUGAAUAAUUUUUGGUCACAAAUUUUUAUCAGUUUUACUGGUGGUCCACUAUAUAUAUGUGUGUGUGUGUAUAUUUGUGCUGUCAAACGAUUAAUCAUGAU